AUGGUUGGUGUGUACCAAGUGUCUAGUAUCCCUGGUGACAACAACAGUGACCCGCCUGGCAGCUGCUCUUAUGCUGUAUUACUCCUGUUUCCUCGCUAAGUACUUGGAGUGACUCAUUAUAAGAACAAGACUGAACAUUUUUUAAAGAUGGAGUGUGGGGAGGGCACUCCAGAGCAAGGACUUGGUGAGGAUAGAAUCCUUGACAGUGAAGACAGCUCUCCUGCUAGCUCUAUUCAAGAUGAGUCAACUAGUGCUUCUGAAGACCAAGACAGUGAGUCAUCAUCAGAAGACUCGCAAGAAAGUAACCCUGUCACAUUAAUGACUUCUCAAAUAACUUUUCCAUGGAUAAAUCCACAAGAAAUUCUUCAGGCACCAGAGCUUGAGAGUGAAAAAGAAUUAGAGACCAGUAACGCUAAAACUGUUCAGGAGUCAAAAUGUAAUACUAAAGACGAGACUGUAAUAUUAAUUGAUUAUGAACAGGACACAGAGGGAAACAGCUACAAAACUGUUCAGGAAAAUUUAUUGAAGGCAAAUGAGCAAAUUGGGGAGGAUUCUAAUGCAGAAGAUAAACAAAAUGUGCUUUACACAGAGAGUUCCUUAGAUGCAAAUGAAGAAGCAGUAGCGUCAGAUUCUUCAUCAGAGAGUAUACAAUAUAUGACUACCAUCAAGCCAGGUUGUAGGGAGGUUAAUUCAUCAGACACAGUAGAUUCCUCCUCAGAAAGUAGAGAAAUGGGAGAAAUAAAUAAUGACACUGACACUGAUACUUUGGAUAGCUCCUUUGGAGCCAUUCAAGAACAGAUUGUUGAUGAAUCUGGUGAAGAAAGUAUUCAAGAGACAAGCAGGUACAGUAGUGAUGAGGUUACGAGAACAGCACGUGACGAACUAAAGAUGGUACUAGAUGAUAGGGGUGAUAACGAGGCCUCUUUCCCUGGUAACGGAGUAGAUGAAAGGGGUGAUGAUGAGGCCUCUUCCCCAGGCAGUGGAGUAGAUGAAAGGGGUGAUGAUGUCUCAUCCCCUGGUAACAAAGUGUAUAUAAGGGAUGAUGACGAGGUCUCUUCCCCUGGUAAUGAAGUGUAUGGAAGGCAUGAUUAUGAGGCAUCUUCCCCUGGUAGUGGAUUAGGUGAAACAGUUGAUCAUCAGGCCUCUUCACCUGGCAGUGAAUUAGAUGAAAGGGAUGAUCAUCAGGCCUCUUCUCCUGGCAGUGGAUUAGAUGAAAGGGAUGAUCAUCAGGCCUCUUCUCCUGGCAGUGGAUUAGAUGAAAGGGAUGAUCAUCAGGCCUCUUCUCCUGGCAGUGGAUUAGAUGAAAGGGAUGAUCAUCAGGCCUCUUCCCCUGGUAAUGGAGUAGAUGGAAGAGGUGAUGAGGCCUCUUCCCCUGGCAGUGGAGUAGAUGAAAGGGAUGACCAUCAGGCCUCUUCCCCUGGUAAUGGAGUAGAUGGAAGAGGUGAUGAGGCCUCUUCCCCUGGCAGUGGAGUAGAUGAAAUGGAUGAUGAUGAUGUCUCAUCCCCUGAUACUGAAGUGUAUAUAAGGGAUGAUUAUGAGGCCUCUUCCCCUGGUAGUGGAGCAGGUGAAAUGGAUGAUGGUGAGGCCUAUUCCCCUGGCAGUGGAGUAGAUAAAAGGGUUGAUCAUCAGGCCUCUUCCCUUGCCAGUGGAGUAGAUGAAAGGGUUGAUCAUCAGGCCUCUUCCCCUGGCAGUGAAGUAGAUGAAAGGGUUGAUCAUCAGGCCUCUUCCCCUGGCAGUGAAGUAGAUGAAAGGGUUGAUCAUCAGGCCUCUUCCCCUGCCAGUGGAGUAGAUGAAAGGAUUGCUCAUCAGUCCUCUUCCCCUGGUAGUGGAUUAAGUGAAAGGGUUGCUCAUAAGGCCUCUUCCCUUGGAGUAGAUGAAAGGGUUGAUCAUCGGGCCUCUUCCCCUAGCAGUGGAGUAGAUGAAAGGGGCGACCAUCAGGCCUCUUCCCCUGGAGUAGAUGAAAGGGUUGAUCACCAGGCCUCUUCCCCUGGCAGUGAAGUAGAUGAAAGGGUUAAUCAUCAGGCAUCUUCCCCUGGCAGUGGAGUAGAUGAAAGGGUUGAUCACCAGGCAUCUUCUCCUGGCAGUGAAGUAGAUGAAAGGGUUGAUCACCAGGCAUCUUCUCCUGGCAGUGGAGUAGAUGAAAGGGUUGAUCACCAGGCAUCUUCUCCUGGCAGUGGAGUAGAUGAAAGGGUUGAUCACCAGGCAUCUUCCCCUGGCAGUGGAGUAGAUGAAAGGGGUGAUGAUGUCUCAUCCCCUGGUACUGAAGUGCAUAUAAGGCAUAAUUAUGAGGCCUCUUCCCCUGGUAAUGGAUUAGAGGAAAUGGAUGAUGGCGAGGCCUAUUCCCCUGGCAGUGGAGUAGAUGAAAGGGUUGAUCAUCAGGCCUCUUCCCCAGGUAAUGGAGUAGAUGGAAGAUGUGAUGAGGUUUCUACCUCUAAUAAUGGAUUAGGUGACAAUAGUGGCGAUGAAGCCUGUGUAACCUAUGGACCUGAAUCAAAUGAGAGCCGUGCUGAAGUAAUGUAUUCUCCUGACAGUGGAUUGGAUGGAAGGGGUUAUGAGGAGGAAUCUACCGCUGAUAAGGAAUUAAAUGGAAGAGCUGAUGUAGCGUCUACUUCUGAUAAUGAAUUAAAUGGAAGAGAUCUUGAAGAGAUGUCCGCCCCUGAUAAUGGAUUAGAUGAAGUGGGUGAUGAAGUAAUGUAUUCCCCUAAUAAUGGAUUAGAUGGAAAGGGUAAUGAAGAGGUAUCUACUACUGAUAAUGAAUUAGAUGGAAGAAGUGAUGAGGUAUCUUUCCCUGAUAAUGGAAUAGAUGGAAGGGGUAAUGAGGUAUCUACUGAUAAUAGAUUAGAUGGAAGAAGUGAUGAGGUAUCUUUUCCUGAUAAUGGAAUAGAUGAAAGGGAUAAUGAGGUAUCUACCCUUGAUAAUGGAUUAGAUGGAAUGGAUGAUGAGGUAUCUACCCCUGAUAAUGGAUUAGAUGGAAUGGAUGAUGAGGUAUCUACCCCUGAUAAUGGAUUAGAUGGAAUGGAUGAUGAUGUAUCUACCCCUGAUAAUAGAUUAGAAGGAAAGGGUGUUGAGAUAUCUACCCCUGAUAUUGGAUUAAAUGGAAGAGGUCAUGAAGCUGUAUCAGCCCCUGAUAAUGGAUUAAAUAGAAGGGGCGAUGAAGCAUCUAUCCCUGAUAAUGGAUUAAAUGAUAUGGACAAUGAAGCAAUGUAUUCCCAUAAUAAUGAAUUAUAUGGAAAGGGUAAUAAAGAGGUAUCUACCGCAGAUAAUGAAGUAGAUGGAAGGGUUGAUGAGGUAUCUACCCCUGAUAAUGAAUUAGAUGGAAGGGUUGAUGAGGUAUCUACCCCUGAUAAUGGAUUAAAUGGAAGGGUUGAUGAGGUAUCUAACCCUGAUAAUUUAUUAGAUGUGUGUAUUCCUGACAAUGAAUUAAAGGGAAGAGAUCAUGAAGAGGUGUCAGCCCCUGAUAAUGGAUCAGAUGGAAAAGGUGAUGAGGUAUCUACCCUUGAUAAAGGAUUAAAUGCGAAGGGUGAUGAAAGAAUGUUUAUCCCUGAUAAUGUAUUAGAUGAAGAGGGUUAUAAAGAGUCAUCUACCCGUGGUAAUGGAUUAAAUGGAAGGGGUGAUAAAGUCAUGUCUACGAUUAAUCAUCGACAACAGCUGGUACUUUAUGGAAGUAGUGAUGAGGCGAUGUCUUCCUCUGAUAAUGAACAACAGCCAAUACUAGGCAGGAUGGGUGAUGAACGAGCAUCUACCCCUGAUGAUGAACAGCAGAUGAUGAUAGAUAGAGGAAAGAGUGAUGCUGAGGCUUCCAUUCUCUAUCACGGACACCAGUUGGUACUAUAUGGAAGUAGUGAUGAAUCAGUAUCUUCUGAUAAUGAACAACAGAUGAUACUAGAUGAAAGUGGCAAUGAUUUAGAUUCUAUUUCUGAUAAGGGAAAACAGAUGGUUCUAGAUGGGAAGGGUGAUAAAGGGCAAUCUAGCCCUGUUACUGGACAGCAGACGAAGCUUGAUGGAAAGGUUGAUACCGAGUUUUCUGCCCCUAAUCAUGCACAACAGUUGGUACUGUAUGAAAGUAGUGAUGAAUCAGUGUCUUCUGAUAAUGAACAAGAGAUGAUACUAGAUACAAAACAUGAUAAACAGGAAUCUACCCACAAUAAAGAACAAAAGUUGGUACUCGCUGAAAAGUGUAAAGAUUGGGUAUCUAACUUUGAUGAUGGGCAACAGCUGGUAUUAGAUAGCACUGAUGUAAUGGAAUCUACCCCUGCUAGUGGAGAGCAGCAGGUAUUAGACAGAAGCACUGUUGUAUUGGAGUCUACCUCUGCUAGUGAAGAGCAACUGGUAUUAGACAGAAGUACUGUUGUAUUAGAAUCUACCCCUGCUAGUGGAGAGCAGCUGGUAUUAGACAGAAGCACUGUUGUAUUGGAGUCUACCCCUGCUAGUGGAGAGCAGCUGGUAUUAGACAGAAGCACUGUUGUAUUGGAGUCUACCCCUGCUAGUGGAGAGCAGCUGGUAUUAGACAGAAGCACUGUUGUAUUGGAGUCUACUCCUGCUAGUGGAGAGCAGCUGGUAUUAGACAGAAGCACUGGUGUAUUGGAGUCUACCUCUGCUAGUGGAGAGCAGCUGGUAUUAGACAGAAGCACUGUUGUAUUGGAAUCUACCCCUACUAGUGAAGAGCUGCUGGUAUUAGAUAAGAGAGAGGUUGCAGAGGCUUCAUUUAAUAAUGAACAACAUCUAGUUGUAGAUGGAAGGGAUGAUACAAAGGCUUCUAUUUCUGAAAGUGAAGACCAAGUGAUUAAAGAGGGAAAGAGUGAUGUCAAGUUGCCAGUCUCUCUCAAUGGACAGCAGCUGGUCCUAGAUGAAAGUGAUGAUGAUGCUAUGUCUCCUGAUAAUGAGCCACAGCUGGGUGUUGAUGGAAGCAGUGGUGAUGGAGAGGCUUCUAUCCAUGGCAGUGGACAUCAGUUGGAACUGGAUGGAAAGGGUGGUGCAGAUAUGUUUAUAGUUAAUAAUGAACAACUGGCAUUAGAUGGAUGGGGUGGAAAAGAAAAAUCGACUCGACUAAAACUAGACAAGAGGGAUGAUACAGAGGCUUCUAAGCUUGAUAAUGGACAACAGGUGGCACUAGAUAGAAUGGAUGAAGAAGGUACAUCUUCCCUUCAUAAUGAAAAAAAAAUAAAAUUGAAUGAAAGGGAUGCAGAGGCAUUUGCCUCUGAUAAUGCAUGUAAGUUAACACAAGCUGAAAGUGGUAAGUUGCUUACCCCUGAUAAUGGACAUGAGAACUUACUUACAAAAGAACUGGAGCAAGUUUCCAAAGUAUCAUUAUUAGAAAGUGGUAAUAUUGACAAUGAAAACAAGAGCUUGCCCACACUUGAACCACAGAUUGAUGGGGUAUCAGAGAUAACAAGAAAUCAAGAGCAAAUGCCUGCAGACUUUGUUUCUGAAGAAGUUUCAACAUGCACAUUUGAGGAAAAUGAUAACAAAAUAGAUAAUUUUGACAAAUCUGAAUAUGGCCAAAAACUAAAGAGGAAAUUUAGAAAAAAAAAUCCUCCUAUAAACAGAGCAACACAGACUGCUAUUCAGCUCUUAGAUUCGAGUGAAUUUAGUGAUUAUUCUCUAGACCUAGUCACAAUGCAAGUUGAAGUUGGCUUCAUGUCUGUGGAUGCCCUCCAGAAUCUCGAUCCCUCCCUUGAUGAGUGGCCAGUGUUGCUUGUGUCACAGCUGAGUUUGCGUGAUAGUAUCAUCAGCACCCUCAAUGCCAAAUUAUUAGAGCUCAUCUCAAAAGGCCGCAGGCUUGAGCAGGAUGCUGACUACCUCAAGCUCAAGAUUGUGGACCUGAAGCAACAAGUCAAGAAAAGUAGGCAAUACAAAAAAGAGCAGAAUAGUCAAACAACAGAUGAAGAUUUUGCCAAUGCUUGGAAUAAAUGGUAUUCUGGGUCAUGGAAUCAAUAUUACGGUGAGAGUGAUCCUUCCAGCGCCCACUACUGGCCGGGUCAUUAUGCUCAGCAGACGACAGUCUCCGCUGUGCCCCAAGUUAAAUCCACAGACAAUGAAGAUGCUACCUUUGGAGGGAGUUGUGUUAAUGUUUUGAAACCCGAGGCACAAAGUAGCUUGGACCGAGAAGAUGAGAAAGGUGAUCAUAACAUUCAAACAUCAGCAGAGAGUCAGCAUUGUAAACCUAACACUGUUGAAUCUGAUACGCAAGAUCAGAGUUUAGAUAAAAAGACUGAAGUUGUUGAACAAAGUGAACACAAAUUAACAAGAAAGAAAAACAGAUCAAAGGAGGGUGAUUUAAGUAAAGCAGAAGAUUCACAGAGGUGUGAUGAACCACCAGUGAAGAGUGUAGAUGGUGCUGAUGAGUGUGCAACAAGUGCUUCUUCACCUGACUUUUCAGAUAAAGUGACAAUAAGUGCAGAACAAGUUGCAGAGAAUUCAUGCAAGAAUUCUGAAAAAAAUAGGUUAAGUAAUGAAACUGAAGGCAAGCUUAAGCAUCACAUCCUAGGACUGACAGAUGAGAAUAAACCCAAGAAGGCUAAAACUACAGACGAAAAUGUAGGAUGGGAUGCUUCAGGAGACUUAAGUGUUACAGAUCAGGUGAAAGCUGUGGCUGCUGAGGCUGUACAAGGCAGCGGCUAUGUCUUUCAAGAGGACUUGGGCCUUUAUUUUGACUACACCUCGGGAUACUACUAUAAUGCUGAGAAUGGUCUAUACUAUGAUGGAAAGUCAGGCACAUAUUUCUACUAUGACCAUACCAGACAGACCUACCUGUUUCACUCUCAGGUUCCAGUGAAGCGACAAGGCAAAAGAAAACUGAAGAAAACUGAAGGCGAUGAGGACACCCAGCAGGAGAGAAAGAAAAGAUUAUCCCAAGUGAAAAGUACAAAGCCAGCAGACAGGGAGGAAGGAGAGUGCUCGGAUACCGAUGACGAAAUGGACGGGAGGAAAGAAAUGGUGAUAGGCAGUGAGGAAGAAGAUGAUGGGAAUAAAGAAUUAGAGGAAGAAAUUGGGAUUUCAGAAGACUCAAACGAAAACGAAGAGGCACCAGUUCAUGUUUCACCAUCAUUGAGGUUAAUGGUGGUAGAAAGUGGAAGUGAGAGAGUGAGGGUUGGAACACUACACUUGAUCACACUGGAUGGUGGAACAGUGGGUAGGGAAGCUCAAAACUUGGUACAGCUUCCAGAUAUCAGCAUCAGUAAGGUUCAUGCAGAAAUCACCUACAAAUCAGAUGGCGAUGAUGAUCAUCAUUAUUUUGUCAAAGAUCUUGGAAGUAAUAACGGCACUUUCAUCAAUGGGGUACGCCUCAGCGAGCCGAGGGAGACCAGCCAAAAUGUUGAGGUAAAAUUUGUAAUUAAUGAUGCACUAAAGUUCAGACUAUUCCAUGGAGAAACACUCCAUUGGGAGCCGCCCCAUGACGUCAAAGUCUGCGGUGCUCACGUGGCGCGGGCAAUAGUGUUAAAUCCAGGAAGACUCACUUGUAAUGAGUGUGAACCCGGUCUUGUGCUCUCUAAUGUCUCAUCACACACACAGUCAGAAACAGGAGGAACCAUAACAUCCUUCAAGGAUGCCAGGUCACGAGAAAAGGCCAGGAAGAAGCAGUUAAAAGCUCUUCGAAAAAAAUAUGCAGUUGCAGCUAAAGGUGAACCGUCUGCCAUUGAUGGACAGUACAAUGAUCGAGCUUUGAAACGGUUGAAAGAAAUUGGUUCUGAUAAUCCAUAUGAAAAAACGGAAGUAGCAUCAACUGACACAGCUCUAAGAGAGAACAACAAAGGGUAUGCAAUGCUGCAGAAAAUGGGAUGGUCACAGGGUCAGGCUCUUGGAAAGUCUCAGGCUGGCAUCACAGAACCGAUCCAGCCAGAUUGUGUCAUGGGACAUGGUGGUUUGGGUUGUACUGAGGUGACCGUUCCACUCGAUCCUGCUGAAGAGAGGAAGAGGAAACUCUUGCAGAUAACUCAGCAUCGCUAUAAACAAACAUAAAUGAAUGAAUGUCAUUGAACUGGCUCUCUGCAUGGAGGCUCCAUACAAGGAACUCCUAAGAGUAUCAACAAAACAUUUUCUGCAUAGCUGUUCUUUCAAUUUGAUCUUUACAUCUAUUGACCAGAUUGAUGGUGAGGCUGAACUUGGCUUGCCUUAUCCAACUCUUUCCUCUCAGUAGAUGUUGAUUGAAUGUAAUGUCUUUCUGAAGACCAAGUAAGUGUGUUCAGUAUUUGGAAACAUUGACAAGGCCUGUUAUUAUUAUGUAUCAAAUGAAAAUUACAAUAUGUGCACAUGCAGUAUAAUAGAAAUGUAAAUACAGUAUAUAAAUGUGUGUGUGUGUGUGUGUACUGACCUACUUUUAUUGUAGGAAUUGCCUUAUGUAUAUAGAAAGGUCUUUAAACUUGUAUAAGUUGAUCUUCCCAUACAUUUGUAUGUAAAUUAUGAAAGUAGCAUCACUUGUUUUAUUUCUUUACCUCAUGUUAGCUUUACUUGGUUAACUUUACUCUGGUACCUUUAGCAGUAUCAAACUCUGAUUUGAAAAUAUUCACUAUUUGUAUACUUAUUCUGGAUAAUAAUAAACAGGUUAAUGGUG